AUGAGACAAACUUAUUCGCUCAACUUGGAAACUUAUCUAAUGCUACAAGCAUUGGAAAUCAUUUAUGGCUAUGAAAAUAGAGAUCUAACAAUAUUUGUUUCUUUAAGCAGGGUUCCUGUACCAGAUGAGAGGUUCGACUACCUUUGCGAUUACUUCAAACCAUUAAGCAAAGUCCCAGCAUUUCUCAAUAUCGUUGACAUUGCCGGUCUGGUGAAAGGCGCUUCCGAAGGGCAAGGUCUAGGCAACGCUUUCUUGUCGCAUAUCAGCGCUUGCGACGCUAUUUUCCAUCUUUGCCGUGCAUUUGAAGAUGACGACGUCACUCACGUAGAAGGCGAAGUGAAUCCCGUCAGGGAUUUGGACAUUAUUGCUGAAGAACUGCGACUGAAAGACGAAGAUACGCUAUUGAAGAAUUUGGAAAAGCUGGAAAGAACUGUCGUGAGGGGCAACGAUAAAAAACAAAAACCUGAAUAUAUUGAAGUCCUGAAUAAAUACCUCUUUUUAACAUCAAAACCCUGCAUAUACCUAGUCAAUCUAUCAGAAAAAGACUACAUCAAGAAGAAGAACAAGUGUGCUCUGGACAAGAUCAUUGUCCAAGGAUACAAAUCUCUGCAGCUGGAAUAUUUUUUUACUGCUGGUGCCGAUGAAGUUAAGGCCUGGACUAUUCAGAAAGGUACAAAAGCGCCGCAAGCUGCUGGUAGAAUCCACACCGACUUCGAGAAAGGUUUCAUCAUGGCUGAAGUGAUGAAGUUCCAGGAUUUCAAGGAAGAAGGUUCCGAAGCGGCGUGCAAGGGUGCUGGCAAAUACAGACAGCAAGGUCGUAACUACACUGUAGAAGAUGGCGACAUAAUAUUUUUCAAAUUCAAUGCUGGCGCUGGUUUGAAGGACGCAAAGAAGAAAUGAUCGACACUCUCGGUGACCAUAUGCAUUAUGGUUUAUCUCUACAUCAAUAUGAUUUUCUUUUUUUCAAGUUAUAAUAAUUGCUGAUUAUGAUUUAUUCGAGUGUGGUUUUCUAUCAGUUAUUGUUAGGCUUAGUUUUUCGUUCUUAUUCUAUCUAUAAUCAUCGUUUUAGUUACAUUUGGAAAUUUAUUACAUAUAGAAUACCUACUUUAUCAAAUAAAUUAUUAUCAUAACAAAAUAGUAG